AAUGUUAGAUUACAACAUAGGAAAAAGAUGUCAAUACUCUAUAUGUAGACAAAAGGAUUUUCUUCCAUAUUCUUGUUCUCUAUGUAAUAACGAAUUUUGCAAAGAACAUCGUACACCAGAAGCUCAUGAAUGCACAAAAUUAUCAAUUAAAAAAUAGGUCUUAAAAUGUCCAAUUUGUGAAAAGGGAAUUAGUUAUACCUCAGAUUAAAAUGAAAAUAUGAUAUGGGAAGAGCAUUUCUAAAAGGAUUGCCCCUAGCAACCUAAAGAGAAAAAGUUUUGCCCAAUCUGUAAAAAUAAAUUAACAGAUCUUAAUAGAGUCUAAUGUAAAGAUUGUGGCAUGGAAAUUUGUCUCAAACAUAGACAAAGAGAAGAUCAUAGAUGUCCUACUUUGAAAAAGAUUGAAGAUCAAUAAAAUUAGAAUAUCCCAUAGCCGUAAAUAUAGUAAGUCAGUAAUGAACCAAGUUUUUAAUAAUUAUUAGACUAAUAGAAAUUAAAAUAAUAAUAAAUAUAAAAAUAAUACUAACCUGAAUUAUGCCCAGUUUGUGGGAUGAACUUUCCUUACAUCAUGCAAGUUAUUCGUCAUGUAGAAAUGCAUCAUUCUUGA